AUGUUAAAUAUUUGUCGUUAUGUUAAAUCAGUAAAUAAAUAUUUAUUAAUAAAUUCUCGUUAUUUAUCAAUAAGUAAAUCUGAUUUAGUUGAAUCAAGUCAAAAUAUUCAAGAAAUAUUAAAAACAACUAAGAAAAAUGAAUCAUCAUCAUUUUCCACAUGGCUUUAUAAUUCAUUAAAUAAAAUUCAUUCAGAAUAUCCUUCAACACAAAUAGCAACAUCAACAAAAGAAAUUUAUCAAUUAAAUUCAUCAAAAUUUAAUUCAAAAUUUAUUCAAUUAGAAGAUGAUAGAAAAAAGCAAACUGGAGAUUUCAAAGAAAAUAAUAUUAAUGAACAAUUAAUUAUUCUUCUUCGAUAUAUUCGUUAUUUAGAAAUAUCAUUUAUAUAUCGAUUUAUUACAUAUGAUAUUGAUAUUGCUUUAAAAGAGAUUUUAAAUUCAAUUAUUAAUCUUACAAAAGAUCAAAAUAAUUUAAAUAAAAAUUCAUUAUCAUUAAUAAGUGAAUUAACAUUUUUUGUUUAUUCUCUUUCAUCUUAUAAUUCAUUAUCGAAUGUUAAAUCUAUAUUAUCAUCAACAUCUAUUGUUAAUUAUUUAACAAAUUCCUUAUAUUCAAUAAUUCUAUCUGAUGAUCAAUCUUCAACAUUAUUAUUAGUUAAUCAAUUAUGUUUAGCACUUCAUUCAAUUAUUGAAAUACCUACAUCAUCAUCAUCAUCUAUUGAUUUAUGGUCUUCUAAUCUUUUAAAAUAUCUUUAUAAACAAAGAUCUUGUUCAUUAUCAAUAAUUAAAUAUUUAAUAUUAAUUCAACAUUCUUCGCCAAAUCAAAAUUCAACUGAAAUUCUCUCAUUAUUAAAUGAAUAUUUAAUUGAAAUUGGAAUUCAUCAAGAUAAUUUCAAUUCUAUUUGUCAAUUACUUAUUUUAAUAUCUUCAUAUAAUUAUUCACAUGAAUUAUUUCAAAGAGAAAUUUGUGAAAAAAUUCAAAAUUACUUAAAAAAAUCGAAUUUAGAAGGACGUGUUUUAUCAGAUGUUAAAUUAUGUUCUCGUUUAAUUUAUUAUUUAUGUUUAAAUGAUCCAACAAAUCGAUUUGAAAGUCGUUCAACUAUUGUUGAAUUAAGUCGAAAAUUAAAUGAUAAUAUUGAAAAAGAAAAAAUAUUUCCACAAUGGAUUGUUCAAGCACAACAUGGAAUGAUGCUUUCAAAUAUUUAUAAUUAUCGACUUCUUUUUUCUACUCUUCAACAUAAAUUUUUUCCACUUCUUUUUCGAGAUUUGGGUGUUUAUACAAAAUCAAUUCAACGUCAACUAUUUGAUAUUCAUUAUGCAUUAUCUAUUGAUCGACCUUCAUUUGAUACACCUUUACUCAAUUCUGAAAUGCUUUCUUUUGCUAAAAAAAUUUCUGAUCAAUAUCGAACAUCAAUUCGAGCACAACAGAAAACAUAUAAUCGAUUUUUAAACGAUUUAAAACAAGAAUUUAAUCAAAUUUAUGGUGAAAAUACAUGUAAAAUAAUUAAUACAGAUGAAAAUUAUCCUUAUAUACUUUUUGAUUUUUUAGAAGUAAAUUUACCAGAUACAGAUCAAUUACGAGUCAUUGGUAUUAAUACAAAACAAAGAAUUGCUAUUCUUCCAAUAUUAAAUUCAAUGUUAAUUAGACAACAAAGAUCAGAUGGAUCUUCAAUUCGUAUUUUUAGUGCACAUACAUCAAUGAGAUAUAGACUUAUUGUAAAAACUAAUUAUCAAGUCUUACCGAUUUUUCAUGGUGAAUAUCUUCGUGCAGUUCGUAAUAAUACAAUUCAAACUCUUUUUGAAACAAACUUAGCUUUAAAAACUAUUCCUCAUCAGUCAGAUAAAGAAGAUACAAUUGAUGUGUAA